UAAGAACGGUUGUUAUAUCCAUCAACUACUACUGACGCGGGUGCUACAGAAUCAUUUUUAUAACGCAUCAAAUAAAAUUGAAAUUAUUAAAGAAAUUUUAUUCGAAUAAAAGAUCAUUUUAGUGAUUUGUGACAGAAUAAUUAAAAUUUCAAAAAAGUAAAUUGCACAUUUUUAAAAAAGAUUUUGUUGUGUGUGUGUCGCCACAUAAUAAAAAGUGAAGCAAAAAUUUAAUUGAAUUUAAUUCAAUUAAAAGUGAACAAUUUAUAGUGUUUUUUUGCAAACAUCCCCCCAAAAAGAAUUGAAUUAAAACAGAAAUAUAAUACAAAAUGAAUUGUUAAUAAAAGGCAAUAAAUACUUUAAAAAAAAAUUAACACAUUAAUUGUAGUGUUUUGAAAAAAAAAAGUUUUUAAAAAGGCGGCCACAAGUAAAAGACUUUUUUUAAUUAAAAUUUUCAUACUAAACACUUAAAGUAAAUUAAAUUUCUCAAUAUGGCGGACGAAACUUUACACACUAUACCGUUAGAAAACAAUAUUGAUGUUCAUAUUGUUACAUUAUUCGAACGUCUGGAGGCCAUGCGCAAAGAUACUCAAUGCAAUGCUUUAAAUAAUCGUCUCUCCAGCACUUUACAACCGAAAAGAAGCAUGCAGGCUGAGAUCAGAACUUUGGAAUUUUGGAGAUCCAUUAUUAGUGAAUGUUUGGCAUCAUUCUUUUAUGUUUUUAUUGUAUGUGGUGCAGCGGCUGGAGCUGGUGUGGGUGCCAGUGUCUCUUCAGUAUUGUUGGCUACUGCCUUAGCUUCUGGUUUAGCCAUGGGCACCCUGACACAAUGUUUUCUUCAUAUAUCGGGUGCUCAUAUAAAUCCAGCCGUAACAUUAGCAUCCUGUGUAAUACGUAAUAUCUCACCCAUGCGUGCUUGUAUGUAUAUAACGGCCCAAUGUGGUGGAGGUAUUGCGGGAGCUGCUUUACUGUAUGGUGUCACCGUGCCUGGUUAUCAGGGUAAUUUACAGGCGGCCAUUUCACAUAGCGCCUCUUUAGCAGCCUGGGAACGUUUUGGUGUGGAAUUUAUUUUAACAUUUGUUGUUGUUCUGACAUAUUUUGUUUCAACCGAUUCCGUUAAAAAAGUUAUGGGACAUUCAGCCUCCGCCAUAGCAGCCGCCUAUAGUGCGUGCAGUUUUGUCUCGAUGCCAUAUUUAAAUCCUGCACGCUCAUUGGGUCCAUCUUUCGUUUUAAAUAAAUGGGAUAAUCAUUGGGUGUAUUGGUUUGGUCCUUUAGUUGGUGGCAUUGCUUCGGGCAUUGUUUAUGAGUUUAUUUUCAAUACCAAACGAAAUGCUCGCCAUAUUAAGGCCUCCAUGGAUAAUGAAUCUUCUUCGAUUAAUUCCGAGGAUGAAUUGAAUUAUGAUUUGGAUAUGGAAAAACAAAAUAUGCAUGGCAAAUAUCCGGGAACUUUCCAGAGAGCACAAGCCGCCAAUACGGCACCUACCCAAAAUCCUGCUACUAAUGCAGCAGCUAAUGGCAAUUACUGUCAAAAUCUCUAUACAGCACCACCCAAAUUUGAUCAGGCUGAACCAUUAUAUGGUGGCACUCGUUCCAUGUAUUGUCGUUCCCCCACCUUGACACGCACUAAUUUGAAUCGUUCGCAAUCGGUUUAUGCUAAAAGUAAUACUGCCAUUAAUCGUGAUAUAGUGCCACGUUCGGGUCCUUUGGUGCCAGCUCAAAGUUUAUAUCGCAUGAAUGCUCAACAGAAUCAUCAGCAACAACAGCAGCAGCAGCAACAGCAACAACAACAGCAGCAACAACAGUCUUCUCAUUUGCAAAAUCAGAACUUACAAAAUCAAUUGCAACAGAGAUCGGAAAGUAUCUAUGGUGUACGCACUUCGACCAGACAAAAUCAACAGCAACAACAGCAGCAACAACAUCAAACUCAAAUGCAACAUGUAGGACAACUAAUGCCACACCCACAACAACAACCACCACCACAGCAGCAGCAGCAACAACAACAGCCUCCACAACAUGCCACACAAGACAAUUCUCAAGGUUUCCAGGCAGUUUAUGGCACCCGUCACAAUCCUAAUCCCAUGGAUGGUAAUACGAAAUACGAUCGUCGUCCUGAAUCGGUUUAUGGCAUGACAGUACCCCGUAAUCGUGGCCAAUCUGCACAAUCAGAUGAUAGUUCUUAUGGUUCUUAUCAUGGUUCCUCAGUAACUCCACCCGCCCGUAUACCCAGCACAGAACCACCAAUGUUGUUGUACAAUCCUCCUCCACAACCAAAUCACAAUCAAGUGUCUUCCACAAAUCCCUCAGCCAUGAGAACACAAUCGGAACGUAAAGUUUCGGCGCCAGUAGUAUCAUCACAAGCCUCCUCAGUAACCUCCACAACUGUGGGUCAAUAUACCACAAGUCAAGGACCACCACAGGGGCCACCUUCUUUACAACAACAGCAACAGAUGAUGGUACACCAACAACAACAGCAGCAGCAGCAACAACCACCUCCACCUCAUCCCCAGCAGCAGCAACAGCAUCAACAUUACGGCAUGUUGCCUAUGAGAUCCAAUUGAAAAAGGCUUUCCUGGAGCCCGGCUCUAAAUGAAUGUGCGAGAGAAACAUCAUUGUCAAUUGUACUUGAGAAGUUUUCCUUAAAAGAGACUGAGGACAAAGAGGAAUAGUUAAAAUAAUCGUUAAAAAAAAAAACUUUCACUAAAGUGUUUCGAUUCCACAACACUAAAGGAAUUGAAACGAAAAAUUGAAUAAAUUGUCAUGACACUUUCAACUGCUCUUUCUCUUUUAGCAUAAAAAUAAUACAUUUUUUAAAAACAAUUGACAAUAAUGUUUAUAAAAUUAAAACUGCAAACACGAUGAUCAUUUCACUACACUUUCCACUACCUUAACCCUUUAGGGGAAAACUAUUUAUAUAAAGUCUCAAGAGUUUAUCAAAAAAAGUGUUCAGUUUUAAUAUUACAUCUCCAAACGCCCAAAACAAAACAAAAAAAGUCUUUCGAAUCUAUAGGCCUUUACAGCCCCUAAACUACAUAGAUUAUAGUAAUGUCCAAAGGAACUCUCAUUCACUAAUUAAAACCUAAAAACUGUAGUAUAACAAUAAUGCAAGGUAUCAGCGUUUAAAUAUUAAAUCCCUUCUUUUAGUUUAGUCCAACUUUAGCAUUAAUAAAACAAACAAAUCAAUAACAUUUUAUAGAAACGUUAUGGAAUGGAACCAUUAACCUUGCAAAAGUCAUUUGUUUAACCCACAAUUAUACAUAUACUAAAACCCAUAGUUUAUUUUAAUCAUAACCUUAAAAUAUGAAUUUAUUCUUAAUAUUAAAUCAUAAUAUUGUGCAAAUAUGUAUGUAACAGCUU